AUGGGUAAGUUAAAAUAUCUUAUUGUACCUUUAUUUACAAUUUUGGAAGUUUUAUCACAAAGUGAGGAUCUUUUAAGUGAUACAGACGCUGAAUGGAGUUUACUUGGCUACAGUGGUUAUGCAGGCGAAGUUGUAAUAAACCCAUUGACUGGUUCAUCCUAUUUCUACUGACUUUUUCAAGCAAAUCAAGGGAAUAUUUUUACAGACAAGCGUCCUUUAAUUAUAUGACUAUCAGGAGGUCCAGGGUGCUCAGGCGAUACCUAUUUAAUAUUUGACAACGCUACACCCUUUAUCAUAAACAGCAAUGGCAAGCCAGUUUCAAAUCCAUAUGCAUGGACAAGUGAAUAUCAUUUAAUGACAAUUGAUUAUCCUUUAGGAGUUGGAUUCUCAUUCGCAAACUCUCCUUAUGAUUAUAAAAAUAAUACAACUGGCGAUUCAAAUCAGCUCUAUAACUUCCUCAUCAGAUUAACUCAAAAAUAUCCAGCUUGGCUUAACCGAGAUAUUUAUUUCUUUGGCGAGAGCUAUGGAGGCCAUUGAGUCCCAGGGAUUGCUUAUAAGAUUUUAAGCGAAAACCAAAGUCCAAACCCUCAAUUUAAAUUCAACCUUAAAGGUAUAGGAAUGGGAGAUCCUUGAAUAGAUCCUUCAACACAAACUUCAUCGUAUGGCCAUUAUGCAUAUUCAAGUGGACUGAUAAAUCAAGAAGAGCUUCAAAUUAUUGAAACUUAUGAGCAAGAGCUGCAAACUGAGCUCAGCUUAGGAAAUCUUCCUGAAGCUUAUAUGAAUUGGGGUAAUAUUUUAGGCUUGACAGCUGAAUAUUCUGGAGGAAUAAAUAUAUAUGAUAUCAGGCAAUACACAAAUUAUAAUUAUACAAUAAUUGAAGAGUGGCUGAAUUCAAAUGAAACAAAAACAAUGCUCCAUGCUCCCUUAAAUAUUGUGCAUGAAGACUGCAGCCAAGCAGUGUAUAAUAUGACUCAAGAUUUUUUAUCCUCAACAGGAAUUUUACUUCCUUUUAUCCUUGACAGCAUCAAUGUCUUAAUAUGGAUCGGCCAAGACGAUUUUAUCGUCAACACUCCAGCUAUAGAAAAUACUAUAGCCAAUAUAAAUUGGCCUAACAUCCAAAACCUAAUCAAUACAAAUAAAAUUAUUUGGAGGGUAAACGGCCAAAUUGCAGGGUAUGUUAAAAAGUUUUCGACCUUUACUUUUGCAUCACUUAUGAAAUCAGGACAUAUGGGAUCGCACGAUCAGCCAGUUAAUGCCAGAGAUAUGCUAUUUAGGUUUAUCAAUAAUGAGGGUUGGCAGCAGUAA